CGAAAAUGGCGAAGACGGUUUGUAGCCGGUUUCAUGCCGACUAUUCCGUUUGUGUAGCUUUAAUAAGUGAUGUACAUGAUGCCAGAGAACUGCGUAAAAGUGUGAUGUCGGGGAAGUUUGAAGCUACGCUGCUGAACCCCGAAAUGAUCUUGGAUGAAUUUCAAAUCCUUGUAGCAGCAAAUCAAGCCAUCAAUCUUCAUGUGCUGAAUAAAAUGGUGACAAAAUCUCUACACUCAGAAAUACUCUAUCGUCUUUCUCCUUCAAAAAAUAUAUCUGAUUCCUUUAAGAAAUUUGGUACUGGCGAAAAUGAUAAAGCUGUGUGUGUGGUAAUCGUGAAUGAUAAGAACAAGUCAACUCUUGACCUCAUACUGAAUAUAUCACAGGGAAAGCUGACAGAUUUGGAAAAGUUAGCCAACUUGACAGAUAUGGAUAAAGUAAAGAAGAUUUAUAAACUGACUGAUGAGGAGUUAUCACAGAGCCCCAUGUUAGAUGCUAUUGUUUCACGAAUUGCCAGCAAGGACAUUGUCACAAUUUAAUGUGUAUGAUAUUUAGCCUAAAUUUCAUACUGAUGUACACUUUAAAUUAUGAUGUAAUUAUGUUUUACAGAAAAAAGGUUGUAAACUCA